GGAAAAUCGUAACAUUCCAUCAUGCCUGCAGGGCCGAUUGCAGGGAUAAACGAACCUGAACUUGACUCGAGUCUCUGCCAGGUUGAGUGCUCCUUUCCUGAAGCGACAUCUGGGUUUCUAUUGUCUGGGUCCUCAGAUGUCAAAAGAAUGGGUUUCACCUGUCGUCGUUAAUCUCCAGCAACCGCUCGGUCUAUGAUUUCUUUUGUUAAAACCACACGCACAUACGCAUCGAGUCGAUUCCGUUACCGCAAGCCAUGAACCAUGAGUUUCGUGACGACCCGUCUUUUCAGCCCUGGGGUCCUCUGAUCUCACCCCAGUACAAGAAUGAGCCCAUCACCACGGCAGAUAUCAUCAUCGCAUCGACGAUUUGGGGACUGACUUUGAUCAACCUUAUCGUCGCCAUAUGGCUCGCUUGGGGUCAAUCGAACGUCUCGCGUUCUCCGCUGCGAAGUGUGUAUGUUUGGAUGAUUUGGCUGGAGUUGAUUAUCUCAUUUAUAAUGGGUCUUGAGUGCUACUUGCAUCUGUUGAAAUACAUCAAACCAAGCUUCGCUUUCUACUUCACCAUCCUCUUCUGGUGGUGUGUCCAGGUCCAACUCUUGCUCCAAAUCAUUAUCAACCGUAUCCGCGUCAUCGUACCUGACCGCAAGCGCUCCAGACAGAUCAUGAUUGCCACUGCCAUUUUCGUUACUACGAUCAAUAUCAGUGUCUUCAACAUCUGGAUACCAGCGCGCCUCCAAAUCAGUCACAAGUACCACAUCAUCAACGAGUACUGGGAUCGUAUCGAGAAGUUUCUGUAUCUCAUCGUCGAUGCCUCACUCAACUGGUACUUCCUCAAGACUGUCAAGGCAAACUUGAUCAGCAAUGGUUUGACCAAGUACAACCGCCUUGUCCGCUUCAACCAACGUAUCGUUGUCGUCUCCCUCCUUAUGGACGUCAUGAUCAUUGCAGCCAUGUCGAUAAACAACUCAUUCGUCUACAUUCAGUUCCAUCCCCUUGCCUACCUGGUCAAGUUGAACAUUGAAAUGACAAUGGCCAACCUCAUCAAACGUAUCGCCAUGGCCGCGUCCCGUAAGCCUGGAAAUGCCUCCCUCGCGAACGACUUCAGAUCCGGCAGUCUUUCGACGUCCGGAGCCAAGUCAGGCGCUACAGGAGCCCAGAGACAGUCGCGUCGCCAUUCACAGCACGAGCUGGCAAGUGUCUUUAGCUACAAGGGGGGCGCCUCGCACUGUGCUGAACACGAUAGCGUCGUCAGUUUUGCACCAACCGGCAACGAGAUCAAGAAGACCCAGCGAGUCGUCAUCAGCAGUGAGCCGAAUCCGUUCUUUGAGGGCGAGAGGCCAGGCUCGAACGUCGAGAUCACAGGAGGUUAUGACUCGAAGAAAGAUGCCGUUAUUGUUAGGACAGGCAGCUUGGAGAGCGUCACUGAACGCAGUGAAAGUGUCAAAGGUGGCUCAAAUGCACAGAAGAGGGAUCUGAACGACUGCAGUGAUGACGAGGCUGCGCUUGUUGGGCGGCGGAAUAACGGCUGGUAGACGUUGAGA